AGAAGUUCUAAAAUCAUAGUGCAUCCGGCACAGGAACUCAUCCCUGUGGCUCCAUAGUAGUCGACAUCUGGAACCAUGAUAAAGUCCCGAAAAUUCUUUCAGCCUCGAUCACAUAGUUUCAGUGUUGUCGGUUGUUAGUAUGGUUUAGGGUUUAGGAUUAGAGUUAAGGUUUAGGGUUACGGUUUAGGGUUAAAGAUGAGACCAUAAAUAAUGGACGACAUUUGAGCGACGCUAGAGUGAAUCUGAGAGUGUCAACGUAAUAACUAAGACUAAAUGAGGGUUAUAAACCCGUGUGAAGAUUUCAAAUUAUGAUUUACAGUCCAUGGUUAAGGUUAUGAAUUUUACUUAGGGUUUUCAUAACGAACUGACAUCAGCUAUAAUGCCACAACUCAAUCCAAAUAUAUAAUUGAAUUUUGCGCCAAAAUCUUAUGGUAACAUAUCUUGUAGACACUUAAUUAUCAUGUUUUCUCUAAAAUCCUUUGUAAAUUGACCGUACGUAAGCGUCAGGUACCGAACUUAGCGCUGUGACCUUGAAAACCCGCGAAAGCUUCUGAUUGGCUCGUCCAUGUUCUUUAGUCUCGCCACAAAUUUUAUACUUCAGUUUCAUGUGUGUGCGGAGAGUUGGCUGAGUAUUAAUGGCGCCUUUAUUCGGUUUAGUUUACGCAACAAAGUAUUCUAAAAAAUAAGUAUGUUGGUCUAACUCUCUCCUUGUUAUUUAUUAGAAGGCAUUAAAGAUGUUAUUAAUCAUAAUUCAUCUAAAUGUAAAAAUACUAGGGUACUUACGGCUAUAACAACUACAUAUAAGUUCCUCGACAAAAACUGAGUUAUUACUCAUUCUGUUUAUUAUGUCAAUAAUCAAGUAGUUUUAUCUUUGUAGAUCUGUGAAUCUAAUUUAGGUAACUGAAACAACAGAACGUACUCAAAAUCUUUCAUCUUUAGAUAUUUUUUAGGAUGACUUGUUUGUUUAGUUGAUUCGUUCGUAACAAAAGUAUAUACUGCUGUUUUACAGUGGAACAUAUUUAAGUAGUUAAAUAUGCCUAACUUUUAUUGCAUUGCCUUGGAUGCUCAUAUGAGAUCAAAUAAAUUGGUUAAUAACUUUUUUGGGUAUAACGGUGUCCAGUUUGAUUUUCUAUACAAAACUGUGAGACGGUUUGACAAAUGUUCUCCUCAGAUUAUGAUGGUUGUGAGUCCGAUAGUAGUUCAUCCAGUGAUUCGUGUUAUGACCACAGAAGUGUCAACGCGAAGUGCCCACCAAAAAGCAACGGAUUCGAAAACAGAAAGAAAGCAAAAUGAAAAUCUCAGAGUGAGAUUUAAAAAGGAUCAUGAUGAUGAUGGUGACUUUCCAGUAGAUAAAGAUCCACUUUGCGAUUACGAGGAAGAUGAGGCUAAUGCUAAAUGGGUGCAAGAAAAUCUCCCUGGCGGGAAGAGCAAGAAAUCUGAUGCCAUCCUUAACUGUCCUGGAUGUAUGUCUGUGUUAUCUCUCGUUAGUCACAGACACCCCCAUUUCAAGACCCAAUAUUAUACAGAACACCCUAUCAAUUGUCUUUUGGACGAAACACAAAUCAUAACUCGAACGAUAUCAAAACCACAUAAUGCGAAAAAAUCUUCAGAAAACAGUUUGGAAUCAAACCGGAAUGUCACGAAAGAAUACCACCCAGUCACUUGUAAAGUAUGCGGUAAUUCAGUCGGAUGUAAAGAAAUCCAGACCAAUGUGAUCUACUUCAAUGACGUACUUGCAAGUCAUAGUUAA